AUGCCAGCAGCAGUUGGACCGUACGGACAGUCCCAGCCCAGCUGAUUUGGCAGAGUGAAGAUGGGUUUCAUGAUGGGGAUGGCAGCUGAAAUGGCAGCAGGAGCCCUUUUUGGCACAUUCUCAUGUCUCAGAUUUGGAAUGAGUGGUCGAGAACUGAUUGGAGGAGUUGGAAAAACAAUGUUGCAGAGUGGAGGUAAAUUUGGCACGUUCAUGGCCAUUGGAAUGGGAAUACGAUGGGGAAGCACAUUCUUUUCUUUUGUUAAAAAAAGUUUUACUAUUCCAUUCCACCUAAAAUAA